ACGAACCAACCAACCAAUCGAAAGAGCAAUGAUGCAUAAGAUCGCGAUGAGAAGAAAGGCGCUAGUAUCGUCGUCCAUGAACUUGCUUCAACGUUCUCGUAACCUCUCUCAGCUAGCUCAAAAACAAACCUCUUUCUCCGAAAAUGACGUCCAACUUCCCAAUUUACCCCCCUUCGACUACUCACCUCCUCCUUACACCGGUCCUUCAGCCGCUGACAUCCUCCGCAAACGGAAGGCCAAUCUCAGUCCUUCCAUGUUCCAUUUCUACAAGAAUCCCCUUAACAUUGUUGAUGGUAAGAAACAGUACUUGUUUGACGAGAAUGGAAGAAGAUAUCUCGAUGCUUUUGGCGGUAUUGCUACAGUGUCAUGUGGUCAUUGCCACCCUGAUGUUGUCAAGGCAAUAGUUACCCAAACCAACAAGAUACAGCACUCAACCAUCCUCUACUUAAACUCUGCCAUAGCUGACUUUGCAGAGGCACUGGCCUCCAAGCUUCCUGGUGAUCUCAAUGUUGUGUUUUUCACAAACAGUGGGACUGAAGCAAACGAGUUGGCCCUGAUGAUUGCGAGGUUGUACACCGGUUGCCAGGAUAUCGUGUCAUUGAGGAACUCCUAUCAUGGGAAUGCAGCAGGGACCAUGGCCGCAACUGCUCAGUCAUGCUGGAAAUUCAACGUAGUACAGAAUUCUGUGCACCAUGCCAUGAACCCAGACCCAUACAGAGGUGUUUUUGGUUCGGAUGGAGAAAAAUAUGCUAAAGAUCUCCAAGAUCUUAUCGCUUUUGGAACUUCUGGACAAAUUGGAGGUUUCAUCUGUGAGUCUAUACAGGGAGUGGGUGGGAUUGUGGAAUUAGCUCCAGGUUACUUGCCUGCUGCAUAUAAUGUUGUGAAACAGGCAGGCGGACUCUUCAUUGCCGAUGAGGUUCAAGCUGGAUUUGCUCGUACAGGAAGCCAUUUCUGGGGUUUUGAAUCCCAUGGAGUUGUACCAGACAUAGUCACAAUGGCCAAGGGUAUUGGAAACGGCUUUCCUCUAGGGGCUGUAGUGACAACACCAGAAAUUGCAGAAGUCUUGACUCGCAGGAAUUACUUCAAUACUUUCGGAGGAAACCCUGUGGGAACUGCUGCUGGACAUGCUGUUCUCAAAGUAAUUGAGAAAGAUAACCUUCAACAAAAUGCCCAUAUAGUGGGUUCCCAUCUGAAGGAACGUCUUAAUGCUCUCAAAGAUAAAUAUGAAAUUAUUGGAGAUGUGAGGGGAAAAGGGUUGAUGCUUGGAGUUGAACUUGUAAAGGACAGACAACUAAAGACUCCGGCAAAGGAAGAAACGCUUCAUGUGAUGGACCAGAUGAAAGAUCUUGGAGUGUUGAUUGGAAAAGGUGGGUUCUAUGGGAAUGUGUUCAGAGUAACACCUCCUCUCUGCUUCAGCCAGGCAGAUGCCGAUUUUCUUGUGGAUGCCAUGGAUUACACUCUGUCAAAGAUGUAAAUGUUUUAUAGUAUGUUUUUGUCGUACUGUAUAAAUUAUCAUGGGUGUGUUAUUUCUGACACUGGAUGUUCAUAAAUGAAAGAAAAAAAAGAAGAAGAUAUAAUUGUGUUA